AUGGCGCGAAAAGACAGAAUAAUGCAGGACUUACUUGAUGGUUUGGACAACUUUACAGCUCUUAAGUACGGAACUUACAAAUUGGUUGUCAAUUUUCAACUUCAACCAUUCUACCGACCACUCAUUACAUUUCCCUGGCCGUCCCAAGCUUGCCAUAGAGCCUGUCAAAUCUGCUCCUCGUCAGCAAUGUCUGACACCGCUCAGAAGUCACGCACUUGCCCACAGAACGCAAACAAGCAUCCAGGCUUGCCUGACCUGCCAGCAAAAGGACGUCAGCGACGGACUGAGGCCCAGAUAGCAGAGGACAACCAGAUUCUCAAGGAAUCACGCGAAGUUCAAGAGCAGGCCGCGCUUGAGGGGCUGCAAUGGCUUGCAGCCAUGCAGAAAGAAAUGGAAAAGGCGGAGGAACUCACCAUCGUGAACAAGCCGAAGCCAGUGAAACCUCGCGCCCGCCCUGUCGUGAAGCGAACGGCGCCUGAUAAGAAGCUCCUGACAACAGGAAACGCUGACCUGCACCAAACCGGUUCGGUGCAUGGAUGA